AUGGCUACCCUGGACCUGCACACGUUGACGGUGCCGGUGGGGGUGGUGCGGAUCCUGGAGGUGCUGCUCUCCUGCGUCUCCUUCAGCGUGGUGGCGUCCGCGGGGCACGACCACUCGUCGUACUGGGCCUGGUGCAUGUUCUCCUGGUGCUUCUGCUGCUUCACCACGCUGCUCAUCCUGGUCCUGGAGCUGACCCGCCUCAGCGGCAAGCUCCCGCUGUCCUGGGACGACUUCACCACCGCCUUCGCCAUGCUGGCCACCCUCAUGGUGCUGGCCGCCUCCGUCAUCUACCCCAGGUUCUUCGCCCACGGCGGCCCCCGGCCCAUCGCGGCCACCGUGAUGUCCUGGCUGUGCUUCGCGGCGUACGCGGCGGAGGUGGGGCUCACCCGGGCGCGCCCCGGCGAGGUCAGCGGCUUCCUGUCCACCGUGCCCGGCCUGCUCAAGGUGCUGGAGGCCUUCGUGGCCUGCAUCAUCUUCAUCUCCCUGGAGUCCGGCUGCUACGCCAGCCACGACGGGCUGGAGUGGUGCGUGGCGGUCUACUCGCUGUGCUUCAUCUUCGCCCUCCUCAUCAUCCUCCUCACCAUCGGCCGGCUGCUGCCGCUCUUCCCCUUCUCCUUCGAAAAGGUGCUGACCGGGUACAACGUGCUGGCUGUCCUCAUGUACAUGACCGCCGUGGUCGUCUGGCCACUUUACGCCUUCGACGGCCGGCCCAAUCAGUGCAACAACCCCGCCAUCAGGGACAGCCUGGUGGUGGUGUCCUUCAUGACCUGCGUCAACCUGGUGGUCUACAUCGUGGACACGGUCUACUCGGUACGCCUGGUGUUCUUCACCACCGUUCCCGCUUAG